AUGGGCCAGCUCAGCAGCUCAUUGAACAACACUGAUCAACGCAUAGCCAAAUCCUUCAUCUUGACGCACAAAAUGACCGCCCUAGGUCACGCUGCUCAAAAUGCUACUCAAAGGAUCCUCAAUGACGAUAUCAUACUCGACAACAUCCUCCCGGAUUUGAAUCUAGAGGACAUCGUCUCCGUGCGCCAGGUUAGCAAUCAGUUGCGACGAUGUUCUAACGAACCUGCCGUUUGGAAACGCGUCCUCACCCACACCGAACGUCAACUCCCACCCGUUCCGCCCACCGAGCGCUAUUCCCUCGCGAACAUUUCCCAGAUCGAAGCCGAGCGCCUGCUCACCCGCUCACUCUCCUUACCGAAACGGUGGGAUCAACACCGUCCCCAGCAUUUUCGCCGGUGGGAGAUCGAAGCGCAGCGGAAGGUUCUCGAGAUGGCACUACUCCCUGGAGGGCACUACCUCGUCGCGACCGUCGCGGACCGGAACCCAAUGCGGUACUGUAUCGAGGUCUACACGUCCGACUUUAACUACUCCAUGGGAUUCCCCGUCGCUAGGCUCACGACCCCGUCGAAGGCAUUUCAUCUGCGCGCAAAGUACCUGUCCAUUCACGGCCGGCCCGGCAUCGCAAUCGCCUAUAUCCGCAGGAACUAUCGUAGAGAAAGCUUCAAGGAUGAAUUCGAUAUCAACCGUCUUGCGCCUGACUCUGACUGGUUCUCUGCCAAAGUCAAGUACGAAUGUGCCGUCAUGCACGUUCCACUCCAAUCUCUGGAGCUUCUCUUCGACAAUGACAAGCCCUGGGAUCCCAAAGAGUACCGCACGCGCGCGCUGCAGCAGGAUCGCCCGUUUCAGGUCCUCACCGAGAUCACAUCGCGCGCGCGCAUGAGCAACCCUAUCAUAGAUGAGGACCGGAACGGCAUUCCCCUCGUUGCGGUGCUCAAGCACCCCGACCGCAUCGUUUACAAGAAUCUCGACGGAGGUCUGGGGUGCACUAUGUACUGCGCACCGCACCCUUCCUACCAAAACUUCGCACACGCCAUCGUGGCAUUCACCUUCGUACCGUCUCAGCACCAGUUCCUUCUCGUCCGCCGCGCAGGCGAGGACCCCGAUCCAUUGCAAGUCGCCGCCGACCUCGCCGACCUUCCGCCAGGGGAAAUCCUCACUGGACCGUACUACUUCGCGGAGCUCUAUGACGUCAAGUAUACCAUAGACGGGGCCUCGUUGACUUGCGAUGCGGCCUCGCGGACGGCCGUGCACGACGCAGGUUGGAACUUCUGGCACAAAGUGUGGAUCACCCAGCCCGGAAUGGGCGCGGCGCUAAAGAACGAUGUGAGCGUACGCGCGGAGUUGCAGCCAACGUCUCCAACAAAGCCCCUUCCUAUCACAAUCUUCGUUCAGGCGGAUCGUUCGUAUGGCCUAGUCUUCAGUACGUUCUUCCCGGAACCCAUUCCUGCCUCUUCUACUUCUAACGCGGACGCUGAUCCGAGUACGCGGUACAUCUACAUCCUCUCCGAGGACGACCCGUUUAUCGAGACGGAACCGCUGCCGGAAGGGAUGGAGAGCCUGAAUGACCUGUACGAGCACCGCAUCCUUCUCGGGUCGACUCGGCCUGUCAUCUACACCGUUCCGCGUCAAGGGAGUAAGGCGAGAUCUUUCCAGGUUCGCAUGCUCGGCGGGGUCUGGGAUGAAGGCCUGCUCGACAAGCCACCUGCUACAGUGGAAGCACAGGCUGUUGGGAGUCAGGAUGUGCCAGCGAACGACGCCGCUCACGACGAGGAGGUGAACGACCAUGACGAGGAGCCUGAGGAAGACGUAGACGAAGGUAACGAAGACAACGAGGAAGACGCAGACGAAGGUAGCGAAGACAACGAGGAAGACGGUCAGUCCGACGUCCUUGAGGAAUCGAGCCGCAUUCGUGUCAGCCAUCAGUUCAACCUCGAGCUCGCUGAUCUCGACCACGUCUCUGCCGUCGCAUGGGACGAAACGAUCGGGCGGCUGUGCAUUGGGUACGCGAACAGUACCAGGAUCGCGGUGUUUGACUUCGCAGGCGCCCCUAUCCCGGCACACGCAUACAUUUAGAGGGAACGCAUAACGGACAACAUAUUGUACAUAUAUCCCAAUCUUCCGCAAUGACGAGUUCCAUCGCCUGGCGUAACGCUUUGUGCACGAUCAUCGGAUCGGAGUCGGACGCCCUCUACCAGAACUUGAAAAACAUUCGCCGUAAGAGUCUUGCUCCCAAAGACUGGAACGUGGAGAAUACGCCUGUGGUCCGUCCUUU